UCUUUCAUACAAAUACACAGAUGAACCACAAAGUUACAAAAUGGGUAUUACCAGUUUCGAUUUUUCCACUCACCCAUCUCAUAGUUUCUAGCCUUUCACUCCCUCUCAUCUCAAAUUCUUCUCUGUGAAAAAGCUACAUACAAACCACCACAAAAUACUGUCUCAUCCAUCCAUGGCUUCCAUUUCUCCACCCACCCCUCAUCAGCUCUUCUUCUCCACCCCCAAAUUCCAUUCCCCAACUCCGUUUCUGAAACCAUAUUCUUCUACUGCACCUCCUCCGCCAUCCCAAUCCCAUACCAUCUGCCACUCCCACAACUCUGAUUCUCCCUCUCCAUCUGAACCUUCCCUUCCAUGGGGUUGGGGCUCUGCACUUCAGGACCUCUUUCAAACCGCCCUCAGACAAUUCGAUUCUCUGGUGAACCACCGUAGCGAUGGCUCUAAGGACACGCGUCCCGACGGUGGGGUUCUGCAGGGACGGGGUGUAGGUGGAGCCGACGAGAAAGAUGUGGACGAUGAUCGGAGCUGGGAUUGGGAUCGGUGGCGCAAGCAUUUUGAUGAGGUCGACGAGCAGGAGCGACUCGUUUCUUUUCUUAAGUCGCGCUUAAGUCAUGCGGUAUAUGCAGAGGAUUAUCAGGAUGCUGCUAGGCUCAAGGUGGCGAUUGCGGCUUUGGCUACAAACGAUACUGUUGGCAGAGCGAUGUCUUAUCUUCAUAGAGCUAUAGCGGAGGAGCGAUACCGCGAUGCAGCCUUCAUCCGGGACAAUGCUGGUGCCGGGUUGGUUGGCUGGUGGUCCGGCACUUCAAAAGACAAUCACAAUCCUCGUGGUCUAAUUAUUCGAAUAACUGCUGAACAUGGAAGAUAUGUUGCAAGAAGUUACAGUCCUCGACAGCUUGCUACGGCUGCAGAUGGUGUCCCCUUGUUUGAGGUUUUUUUUAGAGUAAACAAAACGGGUGAAUACAAACAGCAGGCUGUCUACUUGAAGCGGAAAGGAGUUUUAUCCGAUCAUUCAAAUGGUUCAUCUAAAGGAUUAGAUUCACCUAGUGUAUUAAAUCCCUUGGACCCCAUUGAAGAAAAAGACGAUCUUUUCAUUAUAGGCGGUGAAGAAGCUGAAGAUGGUGAAAUCAGGAAUGAAGAUUCUGAUAUAGCUGUUGGAUUUCCAGUCUUCCAGAAUAUCUUGAGAGAUAUGAUUCCUGGAGUGAAGGUCAAGGUUUUGAAGCUGUCAACUCCAGAAAAGGUUGACAAAGACGUGAUAUCUAAGGUGAUUGAGCAAAUAAUCGAGGAGGAAGAAGAUGAAGAAGAGGAAGAUGAGGAGGAUGGAGAAAGUGAGAAAGAUAGUGACUUUGAAGAUUUGGAAGUGGAAGAUAAGAUUAAGGAUGACCACCAAGAGAGAGAUGCUGAAUUGGAUGCUGAUGACGGUUUCCUUGAAAAUCAGGGACGAAAUGAAGUUGCUGUCAAAAUCAUUGUUGGUGGUUUAGUGCAGAAGCUUUCUGGCGGUUUUUCUUCUAAAAAUAUACUAAGAGUGCCUGCAAAGUUAGAAAAGAAGGGACGUUCUUCAUUUUCUUUCUCAGUUGAGAAUGAUGUGAACGAACAGGACUCCCUUGGAAAGGAACUAAAUUCAAAGUCCAAGCCUCGAGGUCAAAGUAGUAUUGACCAUGUUAUGCUCGAUUUAGCCAAAUUCGUUGGCAAAGAGAAGAUACCGUUAAAGGUACUCAAAGAUUUGAGUGAGUUAAUAAAGCUAUCCAUCAGCCAGGCACAGAACUAUCAACCUCUUUCUGGAUCCACAAGUUUCAAUCGCAUUGAAAUUCCCACUUCUUCAGAUCCUCUAAAUGGACUGUACAUAGGGGCACAUGGAAUAUAUACAUCAGAAAUUAUUCAUCUAAGACGCAGAUUUGGUCGAUGGCAAGAGGAUGGAGGAGGGGAUAAGGAGGCUUCAAAGCUUGAAUUUUAUGAAUAUGUAGAAGCCUGGAAAGUUAUUGGGGAUCCAUAUGUGCCAGCUGGAAAGGUGGCAUUUCGGGCAAAGGUUGGAAAAAGAUACCAGCUUCCUCAUAAAGGGAUCAUUCCUGAAGAAUUUGGAGUGGUUGCUAGAUAUAAAGGACAAGGGAGGCUAGCUGAGCCAGGUUUUCGCAAUCCUCGAUGGGUUGAUGGUGAACUUGUUAUUCUUGAUGGGAAGUACAUCAAAGGGGGACCUGUCGUUGGAUUUGUUUAUUGGGCUCCUGAAUUUCAUUUCCUGGUGUUUUUUAAUCGGUUGAGGCUGCAAGAGUAGAUUUCACUUUACUUUAAGCUGAAAUCUCGUGCUUGUCCAUCAUUUGUGCUUCCAUCGAUUCUUUAAGGCAGUUUCAGAGGAUUUAAAGCCCUCGUUUAAAGAUGAGCAGUUUAGCAAGCAAAGCAAGCCAUUUGUUGCCAACUGACAAACUUGAUCACCAAAGCUUGGUCCACGCUGACACUUGGGUCUCGUAAUUUCUUCCUUCUCUGGGCAAUUCUUAGCAUGCUUGUAUAUAUUAAUCUGUUCUUUUGCUUAAUCAUUCUUAACCAUCAAGUUUUGUGGUUUGAGAUAUCAUUUGCUUUAGCUAUACCUUAUUUAUAGCUGUAGUAGAUUGAGCUAUCAUUUGUAAAACAGGUUUUCUGGAGGUUACCUAAUAAAAAAACGUAUGUAGCCUUAUACAAUUUGGAGUCUGGAACAAGAACCGUUGGAUUCAUCUGUUAAUAUUAUUACUAAUGUAGUAUUAUUAUGAAUCUUGUUACCACUUAUGUAAUCUUCUCCCAUUGUU